CUUUAAUUUUUUUGUGUUACUGUUCCUUUAAUACUGUAAAUAAAGUAAACUUGUUGAAUAUUGUACUUCUGUAGUAGUGACCUACAUGUACCCUUGCCUGGAAAUAUGUCUGCCAUUGACAUUAUACUUGGUGCUUGCAAUGCCAAGUGUUUUGAGCACCAGAACCGCAGAAGAUCCGCAAAUAUGCAUGAAAAUUCUGUUUUCUCAAUGUUAUGUUUAUACUUUCACUCACCUGAAAUUGAUUUUUUAAUCAAACACUGCACAACUGCACCAAUGACAUUUUGGAUAGGCUUUGCCUCAGCCAGCACAGUGGUUAUGCUAUAAAAGGAGUCACUGUUGCCUCCAGGGCUUUGGUCACUGUGCUUGUUGUUAUUUUUUGUAUGAAACCAAAGCUAAUAACGUAUUCCCAAAUGCAGAACAGAAUUGUGAACUAAGCUAAUAAGAGAAACAGUCGCUAAAGCUUGGAAAUCUAAGUAUUUUAGUUUUGAUGCUGUUACGGCCAAUGGCACAUAGGAUGAUUUUAGGCAUUUUGCCCACCUUAUCUUUUCCUUCCUAAAAAUGUGGCACCAAAACUCCUAAAAUCACCUUCCAUUGCCUUCUAUGUUAAAGCACAGGUACACUGCUGUAGUUUCAGCUAAGAAUCACAUUUAAAGCACUUGGCAAUUUCAAGUGAUUAUCACUGAGGGUGAUGAAUGGAGCAUGUUUGGCUUUUUGAGCAAGGAAAAACAAAGCAGAAAAAACAGAAUACCUCACGCACAAUAAAUUGACUGGAUUAUGGUAAUUUGAAUGUUUAAAACUAUAUUAACAAACAUGCAGAGAAAGAACUUGUAAAUAUGAAAAUGCUGGUGAAGUUGUAAAAAAUCCAGGUGCUGUCCAUAUAACAUUUCUUUUUAUAUGACCUGGUUCAGGCCUUGCAUCCAUUUUUGGUUCAGGAGGGAUUCUUACUUUCUUAUUAACCUCCAUAUGGUUUUCUUACUGUACAAAUGUUUGCUUUAGAGAACUAGUACUUAGGCCUUGCUACCAUAACAAUGUGAUACACUACUUGUAUAUUGGUUACUCAAUGUCAACUGCAUGGUGUAAACAGAUAUAGGUCAUGCUUUAGUUAUGGAUUGGCCUUAGCCUAUAAUAAAUCCAUGACCAGAAUUAAAGGACAUAGACAUCACUGUGUCUGUAUCUUUCAUUCUUUCUCACUUUCCUUGUGAAUAUAUUUUUGUUAUGACAGGCUUGUGGAUGUUUCCUCGGAUUUGAUCAAAAUGAGAAGUCGCAGAAGUGGGCUGAUGGAGAGCUCCCGGACUCUCUAUUCGAGUUUUUCCCGCAGCAUCGAGUUGUCACUGGAUGAGAUAGAUGCUGCCAAAUUCAUUCAAGAAAACUUCAAGAAGAGAGAAUGCGUGACAUAUACAAAAGAUCCCAGGUCACCGGAGGGUGUGUGCAAAUGUGGAUACUCUAGGAGCCAGCACACUGAAGGCAUACAGAGCAACCAGAAUGAGAAGUGGAACUACAAGAAGAACACAAAAGAGGUGCCCACAGAUGCCUAUGGGGAUAUUCAGUUUGAAGCUUUUGGAAGAAGAGGGAAGUACAUUCGGCUGUCGCGAGACACAACUCCUGAAAUUCUGUAUGAGCUGAUGACCAAAUACUGGCAGUUGAAGACGCCAAACCUUAUUAUCUCUGUGACAGGAGGAGCCAAGAACUUUUCCCUGAAGCCACGAAUGCGUAAAAUCUUCAGCCGCCUCAUUUACAUUGCUCAGACCAAAGGAGCCUGGAUAUUCACAGGGGGCACUCACUACGGUCUGAUGAAAUACAUUGGGGAAGUGGUCAGGGAUAACACCAUAAGCCGAAGCUCAGAAGAGAAAGUUAUUGCUAUUGGUAUUGCAGCCUGGGGUAUGGUCUCCAACCGAGAAUCACUGAUUCGUAGCCCAAACAAUGAGGGUAAUUAUGUUGCUCAUUAUGUCAUGGAUGAGCAGAAGAGAGAUCCUUUAUACUGUCUGGACAACAACCACACUCAUUUGAUUCUUGUAGACAAUGGCACCCAUGGACAACCAACUACUGAGGCUGAGCUCCGUGCUUCACUGGAGAAGUACAUAUCCGAACUCAAUGUCCCAGAUUCUAACUAUGGUGGAAAGGUUCCGAUUGUAUGUUUUGCUCAGGGAGGCGGGAAGGAAACGCUUAAGGCAAUAAAUACAGCCAUUAAAAGUAAGAUCCCCUGUGUUGUGGUUGAGGGAUCUGGGCAAACAGCUGAUGUUAUUGCCAGCUUGGUGGAAGCUGAGGGCACCACACUCGCAUCCUCAGCCAUCAAAGAGAAACUGCUUCGUUUCCUGCCCCGCACAGUAUCUCGCCUGACGGAGGAUGAAAUGGAGUCCUGGAUUCGAUGGAUAAAAGAGAUUAUGGAAAACCUACACCUCCUGACAGUCAUCAAAAUCGAACAAGCUGGGGAUGAGAUUGUGAGCAACGCCAUCUCUUUUGCAUUGUAUAAAGCUUACAGCACCAAUGAGCAGGAUAAAGAUAACUGGAAUGCACAACUGAAACUGCUCCUAGAGUGGAACCAACUGGAUUUGGCUAGUGAGGAGAUCUUUACUAAUGACCGCCGUUGGGAGUCAGCUGACCUGGAAGACGCCAUGUUUGCUGCAUUGGUGAAAGAUCGGCCUAAGUUUGUGCGUCUCCUGUUAGAAAAUGGCCUAAACCUGCGCAAAUUCCUGACCAGUGAGAUUUUAAGUGAACUUUUCUCAGAGAAUUUCAGUACCCUUGUAUACCGCAAUCUACAGAUAGCCAAGAACUCCUACAAUGACACUCUCCUCACCUUUGUGUGGAAGAUGGUGCUGAACUAUCAGCGUACCUAUAAGGAGGAGAGGAACAGCCGUGAUUUUUCUGAUAUACAGGAUCUUUCUCCAAUUAUAAAACACCCCAUUCAAGUACUGUUCAUAUGGGCUAUUUUGCAGAAUAAAAGACAGCUGUCGAAGGUUAUUUGGGAGCAGACAAGAGGAUGUACACUCGCUGCAUUGGGUGCCAGCAAACUCCUGAAAAGCUUGGCCAAAGUAAAGAAUGAUAUUAAUGCUGCUGGGGAGUCGGAAGAAAUUGCUAAUGAAUAUGAAACAAGAGCCGUUGAACUAUUCACAGAAUGCUACAGUAAUGAUGAGGACCUGGCAGAGAUGUUGCUGGUUUAUUCCUGCGAGGCCUGGGGAAUGAGUAACUGCCUGGAAAUGGCAGUAGAGGCAAAGGACCAGCAGUUCAUAGCACAACCAGGAGUGCAAAACUUUCUUUCCAAGCAAUGGUAUGGAGAGAUCUCCAGAGAUACCAAAAACUGGAAGAUUCUGUUGUGUCUCUUCUUCUUUCCUCUCAUAAGUUGUGGAUUCAUCUCUUUCAGGAAGAAACCAUCAGACAAAAAGAGAAGCCAUUUGAGGAAAUACUUUGAUUUCUUCACUUCACCCUUUGUUGUCUUUUCCUGGACUGUUAUUUUUUACAUUGGAUUCCUCCUUGUCUUCGCCUACGUCCUUCUCAUGGAUUUCCAGCCAGUCCCCACAGGCCUGGAGAUAGCAGUCUAUGUGCUGGUGUUUAUCUUGCUCUGUGAUGAAAUAAGACAGAUGUAUAUGAGUGGAAUAAAGUAUUUUACAGACCUAUGGAACGUUAUGGAUAUUUUGGCCAUUCUUUACUUCAUUGCAGGAAUUGUAUUCAGGCUGCAUCGCUCUAAUUCCAGUGCACUUUACACGGGUAGAGUAAUCUUCUGUCUGGACUACAUCAUCUUUACUGUGAGACUUAUUCACAUCUUUACUGUAAGCCGGAAUCUAGGACCAAAGAUUAUUAUGUUGCAAAGAAUGCUUAUAGAUGUAUUUUUCUUCCUCUUCCUCUUUGCGGUUUGGGUUAUCGCUUUUGGUGUGGCCCGCCAAGGAAUUCUGCGCCUCAAUGAACAUCGCUGGGAGUGGAUAUUCCGCUCAGUUAUAUAUGAGCCAUAUCUAGCGGUGUUUGGACAGUAUAUAGCUGAUGUGGAUGGAACAACUUAUGAUUUUGACCACUGUACGAUAACUGGGAAUGAGUCUAAGCCACUUUGCGUGGAGAUGGACAAUGACCAUAACCCUCGAUUCCCAGAGUGGAUCACCAUCCCGCUGGUCUGUAUCUACAUGCUUUCUACCAAUAUCCUUCUGGUGAAUCUGCUCAUUGCCAUGUUUGGGUAUACUGUGGGUUCGGUACAGGAGAACAAUGAUCAGGUGUGGAAGUUCCAGCGAUAUUUUCUGGUUCAGGAAUAUUGCAGCCGACUCACCAUCCCAUUCCCAUUUGUCAUCUUGGCUUACUUCUAUAUGAUUCUCAGAAAAAUGUUUAGCUGCUGCUGCAAACAACAAGAGCCUGAGCCCACACACUGCUGCUCCAAGAAAGAAGACACUGAAACUCUGGCCUGGGAAGCUGUGAUGAAGGAAAAUUAUCUAGUGAAACUUAGCAGCCAGAACAACAAAUGCACGGAGAUGGAGCAAAAGUUCAAGCAGCUGGAAGGAAAGCUACAUGACUUGAAACGGAUGAUGAAGGACAUCACAAUCAAGAUAAAGUGAGAGCUGAGAGGAAAUAAGUGUCUUGAGAAGACCAUUGACCUUACCUGGACCUAGUACAGCACCCUGGGAAAUGUUUGUUAAUUUACCUCGUCCACCCAAAAGCCUCUAUAGACUUCUUGAUUCUACCUUCCCUUUGCACCAUUUUUAUCAUCUACCACUGGCAUCAUCAUUCAGAGAGGAACCUCUGCUGGUGGCAGUUGCAGUGUGAGCCUGCCUCAUAAUAAGUAAAUAGCAUUUCUAAAUGAAUGCUGUGUCUUCCAUGCUUUGCCAAGGCUGCUCAUUCAUACACAUACCGAUGUUAAUUUUUUUACUGAUUAUAUGUAUUUGUUCUGCAUUCACUUAUAUACAGGGGAUAAAUGAUGUAAGAACAAUAUUUGUGAAAUUGGCUGUUCACUUUAUACAAAUCAGUGUGCAUUCCAUUUACAGCCAUUUGCCAAUUAAAAAGACAGUCUUCACUUUAGACCAGUCGUGGAGUUGUGGAAGUGGUCAUUAGGUUCCAAACUAUGUAGUUAACUCUAUAGACUGAAGCUUACUUAUGAAAAUGUUGUGGGCCUUUUUGCCUUUAAACAUAUAACUUGGUAUCAUUCCACUGACUCAAAAAACAAUGUUCUUUCAUAACAUGGAAGUACAGCCAAAAUAUUGGCCACAGAUUAUAUUUACUGGUGGAUGAUUAUUUACCGCUGUUCUCCUCCCACAAUGGGACAGAUUUCUCAUCCUGAAUGUAACUGGCUGCAUUUUCAACAGGUUCAAUGUUUUUAUUGGCCAACAGAAAAGUGAUGUAUGUGCAAUGGAUCCAACAAACUACUUCAGUGCCCUGGCAGUUUCUUAUUAUGUUACCUAUAACACUUUAACUUAAAAAAAAAUAUCUUUCAGAGUCUCACAUGAAAUACUUAAGAACUUCUCUUCUAUUUCUUCCCUUGCCGUUCCCAAACAUGUGUUUUUUUAUUCAAAGCCUACAUACAGUAUAUUUCCCAUAGGUAGCAUUUGAUACUGGGACAUUCCUAAGCUCCAUCUUAGCUCAUCCUUGUGUUUUGUCUUAUUGUGUCUAGUACUAAGGUAGCUAAUAAAUUCAUCUUGUAAUU